CUUCAUCUUCUACUACUGAUUCCCCCCCUCUCCCUGCAGAGCCCCCCCCUGAAAAUUCUCUCAAGAAAGCUACCAAAAAUGAGGCUUCUCCUUCUUCUCUUCCUCCUGCUCCACCUCCAAAUCUCUGUUUCCUUUGCUCGUGUCAUCAAUGAAUACCAGGCUCUUCUCUCUCUCAAAUCCGCCAUUGAUGACCCCCAAUCUGCUCUUGCCUCCUGGAACAACACCAACUCUCUCUGCUCUUGGCAUGGCGUUACUUGUGACUCCACUGGCCGUCAUAUCACCUCCCUUGACCUCUCUAGUCUUAAUCUCUCCGGUAUUCUCUCCUCCGAUGUAGCCCACCUUCGCUACCUCCAAAACCUUAACCUCGCUGCCAACCAGCUCUCCGGCCCCAUUCCCCCUCAGCUCUCUGCCAUUUCUGGCCUUCGCUUUCUUAAUCUUUCUAACAAUGUCUUUAAUGGGUCCUUUCCUCCUCAACUCUCUCAGCUCAAAAAUCUACAAGUUCUUGACUUGUAUAACAACAAUAUGACUGGUGACUUGCCCUUGGCUGUCACCGACAUGUCUAAUCUCCGUCACCUGCAUCUGGGUGGAAACUUCUUCUCCGGGAGUAUCCCACCUGAAUAUGGGAAGUUGGAGUUUCUGGAAUAUUUAGCUAUCUCCGGUAACGAAUUGGUGGGUCGUAUUCCGCCGGAGAUUGGUAACUUAACCAACUUGAAGCAGCUCUACAUUGGAUACUAUAAUAGCUAUGAUGGCGGUUUGCCACCCGAGAUCGGGAACUUGUCUGAGUUAGUCCGGUUCGAUGCUGCAAAUUGCAUGUUAUCCGGCGAGAUACCCAAGGAGAUAGGGAAGUUGCAGAAGCUGGAUACUCUGUUCCUUCAAGUAAAUGGGCUUUCUGGGACGUUAACAGAGGAGCUUGGCUAUUUAAACAGCUUGAAAUCCUUGGAUUUGUCCAACAAUGUGUUUACUGGGGAGAUCCCAAGUUCAUUCGCCGAGUUCAAGAACUUGACGCUGCUGAAUCUCUUCCGAAACAAGCUCUACGGAGCGAUUCCGGAGUUUAUCGGCGAUUUGCCGCAGCUGGAGGUGUUGCAGUUGUGGGAAAAUAACUUCACCGGGAGCAUUCCACAGGGUUUGGGUAAAAACGGGAAGCUUGUGCUUUUAGAUCUCUCUUCAAACAAACUAACGGGAAAUCUUCCUCCUAAUUUGUGUUCCGGUAACCGUUUACAAACUUUGAUUACGCUUAGCAACUUCUUGCUUGGGCCGAUCCCGGAAUCGCUUGGGCAAUGCGAGUCUUUAAAUCGGAUUCGGAUGGGUGAGAAUUUUCUCAAUGGUUCGAUACCCAAGGGGCUCUUUGGGUUACCAGAGUUGUCCCAAGUUGAGCUGCAAGAUAAUCUUCUCACCGGAGAGUUUCCAGUGAGUGAUAGAAUAGCGGUGAAUCUCGGCCAGAUUAGUCUUUCGAACAACAGGCUCUCUGGGUCGUUACCUCUUACCAUUGGCAAAUUUUCCGGUGUCCAAAAGCUGCUUCUUGACGGGAACAAGUUCUCAGGUCCAAUCCCACCGGAGAUUGGAAAAUUACAACAACUUUCGAAGAUGGACUUCAGCUCUAACAAGUUUUCAGGAUCCAUUGCGCCUGAGAUUAGCCAAUGCAAGCUACUAACAUUUGUUGAUCUCAGUCGAAACGAGCUUUCAGGUGCGAUUCCGACUGAGAUCACAGGUAUGAGGAUACUAAACUACCUCAAUCUGUCAAGAAACCAUCUUGUUGGUAGCAUUCCUUCUUCAAUAGCCAGUAUGCAGAGCUUAACCUCUGUUGAUUUUUCUUACAACAAUCUUACUGGUUUAGUUCCUGGAACUGGUCAGUUUAGUUAUUUCAAUUACACUUCCUUUUUGGGUAAUCCUGAUCUUUGUGGUCCUUAUUUGGGUCCUUGCAAAGAUGGGGAUGCAAAUGGAACCCAUCAAGCACAUGCUAAGGGGCCACUCUCUGCUUCUCUGAAGCUGUUGCUCGUUAUUGGCUUGCUUGUUUGCUCAAUUGCUUUUGCAGUUGCUGCAAUAAUGAAAGCAAGAUCGUUGAAGAAGGCUAGUGACUCUCGAGCUUGGAAAUUGACUGCAUUCCAGCGCUUGGACUUCACUGUUGAUGAUAUUCUUGAUUGUUUGAAAGAGGAUAAUAUAAUUGGGAAAGGUGGUGCAGGGAUUGUUUACAAGGGUGCUAUGACAAAUGGUGAUCAAGUUGCUGUUAAAAGGCUACCAGCUAUGAGCCGCGGCUCUUCUCAUGAUCAUGGGUUCAAUGCUGAGAUACAGACAUUAGGAAGGAUUAGGCACAGACACAUUGUUAGAUUAUUGGGGUUCUGUUCUAACCAUGAGACUAAUCUUCUUGUCUAUGAGUACAUGCCUAAUGGUAGCUUAGGUGAAGUUCUUCAUGGCAAGAAGGGAGGCCAUUUACACUGGGAUACAAGGUAUAAGAUUGCUAUUGAAGCUGCUAAGGGCCUUUGCUAUCUUCAUCAUGAUUGCUCGCCAUUGAUUGUUCAUCGUGAUGUGAAAUCGAAUAACAUCCUUCUUGACUCCAAUUUCGAAGCUCAUGUUGCUGACUUUGGCCUUGCUAAGUUCUUGCAAGACUCCGGCACCUCGGAGUGUAUGUCUGCAAUUGCUGGUUCUUAUGGAUAUAUAGCUCCAGAGUAUGCCUACACGCUGAAGGUCGACGAGAAGAGCGAUGUAUACAGCUACGGUGUAGUUCUAUUAGAACUGGUCACUGGAAGAAAACCAGUAGGGGAAUUCGGAGAUGGUGUGGAUAUAGUUCAAUGGGUUCGAAAAAUGACAGACUCAAACAAGGAAGGAGUUCUGAAAGUCCUGGACCCAAGACUCCCAUCAGUUCCACUCCAUGAGGUGAUGCAUUUAUUCUAUGUUGCAAUCAUGUGUGUGGAAGAACAAGCCAUAGAACGCCCAACGAUGCGGGAAGUCGUGCAAAUUCUAACUGAGCUUCCCAAGCCUCCAAGCUCAAAACAUGGAGAUUCAACAAUGACAGACUCACCUCAAUCAGCUGCUACUCUAGACUCUCCAAUGGCAUCAACUAAAGAUCAAAAAGACAAUCAACAGCCACCAUUGCCUCAAUCACCGCCACCCGAUCUUCUUAGCAUUUGAAGUGCUCUCCACUGCUUCAAUCAUCACGGAAACGGAGAGGGGAUUGUUUGUUCUCUAAAAUCCAUGAAUUGUGUUAGUAAUUUUCCAUCUUGUGAUAUUUUCCUUUCCUGUUUCAAUCUUUUGGGAAAGUUUGCUCUAACUCGGUACCAAGGUUUGCAAGAUUUUGUGUACAGUAUGAUGAAAUGGUUGGGAGGGAUUUAUAUUAUAUUUAAACUUAGUCUUUCACAAGUCAAACACGUUGCAGCCAUUGUAGUAAAAGUUCAAGAGAAGAGGAGAGUCACUGUUCUUUAAUGGAUGUCUGAAGUUAAAAUUGAAGUUGUGUGCA